GGCCAUUUGGUUUCUUGCUGUGCGAUUGACAAGUUUUGUUCGGGACAUUCGUAAUUAAAUUAUCUACAUUUAAUUUUAUAAUCUAUAAAAUAUCCUAAAAUGGUGGCUAAAGCUGUAUGCGUUAUCAAUGGUGAUGCCAAGGGCACCGUUUUCUUUGAACAGGAGGCGGACGGCUGCCCGGUGAAAGUUACAGGAGAAGUUACUGGCUUGGCGAAGGGUCAGCAUGGCUUCCAUGUGCACGAGUUUGGCGACAACACGAACGGCUGCAUGUCCUCAGGACCGCAUUUCAAUCCAUUCCAGAAGGAACAUGGCGCUCCGACUGACGAGAAUCGUCAUUUAGGUGAUCUGGGCAAUAUUGUAGCCACCGGCGACGGACCCACUCCAGUCGACAUAUGCGAUUGCAAAAUCACGUUGUUUGGAGCCAAUAGCAUUAUCGGACGCACUGUUGUGGUACAUGCUGAUGCUGACGACUUAGGCAAAGGUGGUCAUGAGCUGAGCAAGACAACUGGCAACGCUGGCGCUCGCAUCGGUUGCGGCGUAAUUGGAAUUGCCAAAAUCUAAGAAAAUAUAAAGCAUCUGAAUUCAAUACUUAUAUAAAUAUACAUAUAUGCUUAUAUGAAAUUUAGUCUUACGAAUGGAACAUAUUACUGGUUUAAACGGGCGUUAAAUGAGAUUUUCUUUAAUCUGGUAGUUACUAAAUAUCACAUUUGAAGAUAAUAAAUGGGGUUAUCAGAUCAAA